AUGAAAUGUCGAUUAAGUCAAUUCUGCUCAAUAAAUAACAUUUGUUCCAAGGGUGAUGCCAAAAAGUUUAUCAAUCUUGGAAUGCUUAAAGUAAACAAUUCUAUUGUAAACACUGAUAUAUUGGUUCCGCUUGAAUUUAAACCUGAAAAUAUAAAGUUAUUGAAGAGAGCUUCGGACAUUCAAUCUAGCAAGAUAUCUGUUCUACUGCACAAGCCUCCCGGUUACUUAUCCACAUACUCAAAAAAUUCUACAAAUUGGUCUAAAAAUUUAUUGACACGACAGAAUAGAUCGGAAAACGACAUUCUGAAUCGAUUAGAGCCUUAUAAACUGAAUGACCUGUUCGCCUUGAGUCCGCUGGAAGCUAACUCAAGUGGUCUUUUGAUAUUCUCUCAGGACAAGUCUCUCUGGGCUAAGUUUUCGUACUGCGAAGAGGAGUUCGACGUCGUUUUUAAGGACGCACUCACCGACUACAAGUUAUCAUUUUUACGGGGUGACAUAUAUUUGGACGGGUACUCAGUCGGCCCCUUGGCUAUAAAGGACACUCACAGCAAUAGUCUGUCGAUCAGCUUUAGGGGUUCCUCCCAAAAGUUGCGGAGAAUUUGCUUGUUGGCUGGACUUGAAAUCAAGAGCUUGGCUCGCACUAGAAUUUCCAACCUCAAGCUUGGGUCGCUUCUGCCUGGCGAGUGGCGGCUACUCAGGUCAUAUGAGCUGCGAUAG